UCGCCUGAGGAGCACGAGGGCCGUACCGAGGCUUGCUGUCUUUCGCACUUUGGCAGCACUCGCUGUUCGCGGUAGCAGUUGGAGAUAUUUUAGGAAUCCUGAUCUAAUGGCUCCUGGAGCACCGCAGAUAAGUGAAAGCUGUCUUGUAGUUAUCAGAUGCCUGCCUGGUUAUUAUCCACAGUUAACCGUUUUAAUACCCAUGACAUCGGGCGAAGUGUGGGAGCAGAUCCUGGUCGGGGCCCCAGUUUUUGCUGGAUUGAAUUUUUAAACCGCCUAAAGCGAAUAAUGACAGCGUCUUUGCCCGCCAAUGUUCCUCUGAGUGAUCCCUUCCUUCUGGCAUCUUGUUCCCCACCUAAGCGGGUCAGUUCAUAGUAAGAGUGUCAACCUGAUCGGUAAUAUUUACGACUUUUUUAUUUACUUGCGUUAAAUAAAACCAUCCAUUACGCCAUCUAUUCCUGAAGUCGUGUGUGUCUCGGCAUUAAACAUAAUUUACCGGCGCCGCAAAAAUGUGAUAGGAGCUGGUGUUCGGGCUGCUCAGAACGUGCAAGUUGAUAGAAAUCUAAAACACAGAAAUAAGGGAAGGAAGGGAGGAUAUAAAAGAGUAAUGUUCAGUAGUGCCGAAGGUGGAGUGAGCGUGCAAAAAAUGUAGGAAGGCAAACGUGACAAAGGAUAAGCCAAUAGGCGUAAGAGGUUGUGUGUAUCCUGUGGGCCACUGUUUAAAUACAACGAUUUAUUUGUAAAACACCCACAUAUGGUUAGCUGUUGUGAAAUUAUGAGACGCCACUCAUAAACGGGAGUGCUUAAAAGUCACCUCGUGGAGGCCUAUCAAUGCACAACAGUAUUCGGGCAAGUUUGAGUGCACGGGCGAAUCGCGGGGAGGCACGGUGCCGCAGUUGUUAGCGCGCAGUUUGCACGGCCAGCUUUUUGUUCCUUCCGGAUUCACAGAUUUGUCUUCUCCGUGUCAAAAGUAGUGCGAUCUCGGUUAAACGACCACUCUGAAUUAACCCAGAAUGAGCAGGAAAGUGCGUGUGCGUAAGGGGCGUCCCGUUCGUGUUUGGCUCCUGCCUCGGUACCCGGCUCAGCCUCACGCGAUUCUGAAUUGAAUUUAGCAGUUUCAAACGUGGAUGGGCGUUACAAUACUUUAUAUUUCAUGCGGUCCAGAUCUUGGAUUAGAACGCGUUUUAUAAUAUGACAAUCAAACAUAACUUUCAGUACAAAAAAUUGCAAGCGUGUAAUUUUUAUGAAUAAAACUUGUGGGAAAACCAAUCAAGUUAGAUCGACCAGCCAAAUAAUCAAUCAAUCGAGCGGUUAAUGAUGUGUCCUCACAAAGGUACAAAAUGAAAGAAGAGCUCCUUAAUACCUGAUGUACCGCAAAGAUUAACGUAAACAGGCACUUUCCUCCAGGAAACAACAACAUGGCAACAGACCACCAGACUCCGGCCUCUAAGCAGCAGCAGCCUGGUACAACUGCUUUCAAGAUCAUCAUUUUUGAGCAGGAGAAUUUCCAGGGACGCUGCCAUGAGCUGAGUGCUACCUGCCCCAACCUGAGGGAGGCUGGCAUCGAAAAAGUGGGCUCCAUCCUUGUGCACUCUGGACCCUGGGUGGGCUUUGAGCAGCCAGGCUGUAAGGGUGAGCAGUUUGUGUUUGAGAAAGGAGAAUAUCCUCGGUGGGACUCGUGGACUAACAGCAGGCGUAAUGACACUAUUGCUGCCUUCCGACCCAUCAAAGUGGACAGUCAAGAGCACAAGAUUGUGCUGUACGAGAACCCUAACUUUGCAGGCAAAAAGAUUGAGAUCAUAGAUGAUGACGUGCCCAGCUUCCAUGCCCACGGCUACCAGGAAAAAGUGUCUUCUGUCCGUGUCCAGAGUGGAACGUGGGUCGGAUAUCAGUACCCUGGCUACAGAGGAUACCAGUACCUGUUUGAGAAGGGAGAAUACAAGGACAGCUCUGAGUUUGGCGCCCAGCACCCCCAGAUUCAGUCUGUGAGACGCAUUCGGGACAUGCAGUGGCACCAGAGGGGCGCCUUUCACCCCAGCAACUGAGCUGAGUUCCCCAGAGGAAGGCCAUGCAACCCUCGGGCUCCUGAUGAAGAGUGCUGAUGUUUCUGUACU